AAUGUGAGAUCAUUACAUCUUCACAUUGUUGACGUUGCGAGUGAUUAUAACGUAAAAGCAGCAGAUAUUAAUAUAUUUGUAGAAACUGCUCUAUGUAGUAAUGACGACAAUGAAUUGUAUCAGAUUCCAGGAUUUCAACUAUUCAGAAAUGACUUCAUCCCAGAUGGUACUAGAACACCUUAUGGAACUGCUGUUUACGUAAAAGACAAUAUGCAACUCAUCUUAGAACCUUCAAGGUGCAACUAUAAUCAUGUAGAAAUGACAUUACUCAAA